CAGCGCACCUGUCGUCCAGGAUACUUCAAUUGUGGCAGUGGCUUAUGUGUAGCGUUGUCGAAGAAAUGUGAUAGAAACAAUGAUUGCCUCAAUUUUGCCGAUGAAGUUGAUUGCGAGUGCAAUGAGAAUGAGUUCAGGUGCGAUUCUGGUAUUUGCAUAGCAGGCAAACUUAGAUGUGAUCUUAAACCGGAUUGCAAUGACGCAAGCGACGAAAAGAAUUGUCCACCUCGCGAUUGUUCCAAUGCUACCGAUUUCGACAUACCCGGGUUGGUAAACUGCGAAGGUACGACGCAAUGCAUACUACCUCAAUGGAAAUGUGACGGUUCGAAUGACUGCUGGGACAACUCGGACGAGAAGGACUGUGAUGAAAUUGUUCUACCCAUCUUACCCGGACUUCGGCCAUGCAAGCCAGACGAAUUCACAUGUGGUCGAACGAGAUCGUGCUUACCGCGUGGUUGGGUAUGUGAUGGGCAAAAAGACUGUGCUGAUGGUAGCGAUGAAAUGGAUUGUGUGAACUCUUGCCGUAUUGGGCUGGAUUUCGCUUGCCGUUCCGGUGAUUGCGUACAUAUCGAUAGAAAAUGCGAUGGAAACAAAGAUUGCCCUGAUGGAGAUGACGAGUUGGAUUGUGACACCCUUCUACACGACGAUUGCGAUGCUGCUUCGUUCCGAUGUCGCAAUGGACGAUGUAUAAGUGCAGAAUGGGUUUGUGACGGUGCAGACGAUUGCGCGGAUGCUGGAAUGUCAGGCGUGAGCAGCGAUGAGGCCAACUGUACAGGUAUGCGUGAUUCCUGGGUUCACCUCGCUUGUUGUGGCUUCGCUCUGGCUUUUUCGCUUUAUACUGACCUGACAGCUUCUCAUCAACUUGGUCAUCUCAGAUCACUAAAAUUCUUCAAGCCAAGUUACAGCGAAACUCGAAGUAUUGCGAUUUUGGAGCAAUACCUCUCGACCAGAUGUACAUUGGAUGAGUUUCUCUGUCGCGCAGCUGGAACGAGUCAACACAGCUGUAUCAGCAAAAUUCAUCAAUGUGACGGCUUCACAGACUGCAUUGGUGGAAGUGAUGAAAAUCGCACCGAAUGUAGUGAGUGUUUCAGCGAUAAUCGGUCAACUCCACUACAGCGAGGCAAAGCUGAUCGAUGCGGUGAAGAAUCAUUUCGUUGUCGCAGUGGUCAAUGUAUACCUAAAAGUUGGAUCUGCAAUGGUUUACCAGAUUGCACAGAUGAAAGUGAUGAGGAUAAACAGGUGAUACUACAGUCCCUUCUAAUGUGCUCCACGAGAUCUUCGGAAUGCGCUUUGGAUGAAGUAGCC